AUGAUGGACGACCGGGGCCGCGUGUACCGGGAGGUGACAGGCCCCAAGCCCUACGUCGUGGCCCUCAGGGCCAAGUUGCCCAACACAGCGGAGGACAGCCAGAAGCAGCUCCUGUACUGGAGGGAUCAGGAAGCAAAGCGCCAUGAAUUUGCCCGCUACGCCAGAUCCCACGAGCUCGGGGUCAUUAAGGGUAAAAUGGAGGAUAUCAGUGAACAGAAGCGAGUCCACAAGGAGGUCCAGAAGAGGAUUGGCGUGGAAAUGCAGGCUUACCUGGCUGGCGAGGAAGAGAGGAAAGAGAGGCUUCGGGAUCUCCUGGAAGCUGAAGAGAAGGGCUUCAUUGCCGAAAUGGAAUCCCAGGAAGAGACCCUGGAAGGCCGUCAGAACAGUAUGAGCAUGAGAGCCAAGGAGCUGAGGGAGAAGAGGGAAGAGGCUCGGCGAAAACUAGUGGCGGAAAAACGGGAGCAGCAGUUCCGAGAAACUUGUGAGGAGUUGCGGUUACUACUAAGCCAGCAGCACAUGAAGGAGGUGUGUAAGGACCGAGACAGCCAGCUGGCCCUCAAGGAGGAGCUGAGCAAGCAGAAGGAGCGGGAGGAGGCCGCCUACGCCGCCCUCUGGGAAGAGGACAGGCUGGCCAAGGAGGAACGAGCCGCGGAGGAGGCCAAGAAAAGGUCCGGCUGGCGGGAGGACAUGAUCAACACGCUCAACGCCCAGAAGGCCAUAGCGGAGGCCCAGAGGGACGAGGCCAGGCGGCUGAAGGAAGAAGAGGCCAAGCUGAUGGAGGAAGAACGGCAGCUGCUGAAGCUGGAGAAGGAACAGGCUGAGAUAGCCCGGCGGCAGAAACUGAGAGAGUGCAGAGACAUGUUGUUGGACUCCAUGAAGAAGAAAGCCAGGCGCCUCAGUGAGGAGAGGCAGGACGAGCUGGCCUUGGAAAUGAAGAUCCUGGAUCACGUCCUGCAAGAAUCCCUGGAGGACACCGAGAGCCAGAAACAAAGGAAGAGGGAACUCUUUCAAGAGCAGCAGACGUACCAGGCCUACCUGGCUCAACAGAGGGAAGAGGAGAAACGACAGGAGAAAGAGAUGGACCGGUUGCGGGCCGAGGACGCUGCACGGAUGUGGGCCAAGAGAGCGGAGAAAGAGCGGGCCCUCAAGCUAGCCAGGGAUCGGUUGCUCAGGGAGGUCAUGGACACCAGGAAGCUUCAGAUUGAGGAGAAGUUGCAGAGAAACGCCCGGGAGCAGGAAGAGCUCCGGCAGGACAAGGAGCUCCUCCAGGCGGCCGUCCAGGAGCACCAGCAGCUGGAGCAGGAGAGCUACACGAGGCGUUUUCAGCAGUCCAAACAAUACCGGGAAGAACUCCGUGCUCAGAUGGAUCACCUCAAGGAAACCCGUGAAAUGGAGAAGGAGGAGGAGCGCCGCGAAUAUGCCCUGGCAGAGGAAGCGGAAAGGCUUUAUCACCAAAAGUUGGCAGAUAUCCUUUCCAGACCCUACAUGAAGCUGAAAUGUCUCCAUCCUUUGAGGAGGCAGCUAGUCCUUAACAGUAAGAGUUAGUAUUGGUUUCCUACAUGGGUAUGUAGAUGCUGCCCUGAGCCCAGGGAUGGAAAGUUUGAAGUAAUAUCUUCAUCAUUCCUUUCAGCAGUGUAUUACUAUUAUUAUUAUUAUUUUGUCCAGGCAAAAGCUCCCCCACCACUUUUUUUCUCUUUAAAUGUUAAAAUAAUUAUAUCUUAAAUAAGGUCUUCCAGCACCUAAACCUUCUAGAAAUAAAUACUAACCUAAAAGAAGAGCU